UUAUUGCUGGUCCGAUCCCGCUCACAUUCGCAACAUGGCAUUCGACGACUUGAUAGGGACUUUGUCCGAUGGAGAUGUCUCAGAUGAGGAAUUUGAGCAGGAGGAAGUGGAGGAGACGCCGGCCACACAAAGCAAGAAACGGAAAAGAGAGGUAGCAGUGCAAAGUGCUGUCAAGAAGCAGAAAAGUGAUAAGGAUGAGGAUCUAGAUUCUGACUUCGAGUUUGAGAACGAGGGUGGAGCUGCCGAGUUAGAUGACCUGGAUGCGUGGGCACUGGCUGGCAAUGGAGCGAUCAACGAGCCAGGCAAUAUCGAUGCGAUUGUUGCGCGAAAACGAGCGAAGCAGGCCCCAGCGAAAGCCGAAGACGAUGCGAGUGGCAGUGACAGCGACAGUGAUGACAGCGAAGAUGAAGGGAUAGCGGCAGCAUAUGACGAGGAAGAUGAAGAGGAAGAAGAUGAUGCUGUAAAUGGUGCUGAAGAAGACGGAGACAGCGAGGAGGAAUUUUCGACGGCGAUGGAAGGCUUGAACGGAGACUUUGAUGAGGGGGUUGAUGGGGAGAAAGACAGUGAGGACGAUGAGGACAAAGAAGGCGAAGACUCUGGCGACGAAGCGGAAGUGGCAGCACAUGUGCCACACCCAGACGAUAUGGCAGAUGGGUCUGAAUCCGAGGCAGCUGAAGAUGUCGUGGAGAAGGAGAAGCGCAGCAAGUUCUUUGCGAACGACCUGGACAGCUCCAAACCCACAGCGACUGCAUUCCACACCAUGAACCUUUCCCGACCGAUUUUGCGAGGCCUUGCUUCCGUCGGAUUCGACAAGCCAACACCGAUUCAGGCCAAGAGUAUUCCCGUUGCUCUCGAAGGGAGAGAUCUGGUCGGAGGCGCCGAGACUGGUUCAGGAAAAACAGGAGCCUUCAUCAUUCCCAUUUUGGAACGUCUCAUGUUUCGGCCGAAGCGCACAGCUACAACCCGCGUCGUUAUCCUUAUGCCCACUCGAGAGCUGGCAUUGCAAUGUUUCAAUGUCACGAAGAAAUUGGCGGCCUUCACCGACAUCACUUUCGGACAGGCAAUCGGUGGUUUGAACUCACGCGAGCAGGAGAAGGCACUAAAGCUUCGGCCGGACAUCGUCAUUGCCACUCCAGGUCGUUUUAUCGAUCUUGAGCGAAACAGCACUGGAUUCGACGUGAGCACUGUCGAGAUUUUGGUGCUGGACGAAGCCGAUCGUAUGCUCGAGGAAGGGUUUGCGGACGAACUGAACGAGAUCUUGACGAAGAUUCCCAAGUCUCGCCAGACUAUGCUCUUCUCUGCUACCAUGACAAGCAAGGUUGAUGAUCUCAUUCGUUCAGGUCUGCAGCGACCUGUGCGACUCAUGGUGGACUCAAAGCAGCAGACAGUGAAAGGCCUCGUCCAGGAAUUUGUACGUCUGCGACCGGGCCGGGAGAAGAAGCGUCUUGCCUACCUGCUGCACCUUUGCGAGAAAGUGUACACAGAUCGGGUCAUCAUCUUUUUCCGACAAAAGAAAGAAGCACAUCGAGUGCGUGUCAUUUUCGCGCUGGUCGGCUUGAAAGCUGCUGAGUUGCAUGGUACCCUGUCUCAAGAGCAGCGUAUCAAUGCAAUCGAGUCUUUCCGAACAGGCAAAGCGAACUUCCUGCUCGCAACCGAUCUUGCGUCUCGUGGUCUGGAUAUCAAAGGCAUUGACACAGUCAUCAACUACGAAGCACCACAAACGCACGAGAUCUACCUUCAUCGUGUCGGAAGAACUGCACGUGCUGGACGUACUGGUCGAGCAUGUACGCUCGCUGCUGAGCCAGACAGAAAAGUUGUCAAGGCAGCCGUCAAGGCGGGCAAGGCGCAGGGAGCAAUCAUCAAGCAGCGCACGAUCGAAGCUCAUGAGGCAGAUGCUUGGCAUUCGCGGAUAGAAGCUUUGGCAGACGAGAUCGAGGACGUCCUGCGUGAAGAGAAGGAAGAGAAAGCACUUAAUGUGGUCGAUAAGCAAUUGAGCAAAGCAGACAACAUGGUGAAAUACGAGGACGAGAUUAAGUCCAGGCCGAAGAAGACUUGGUUCGAAAGUGAGAAGGAGAAGCAGGCGGCGAAAGAUCGUGGUCGGGCUCUGCUGAAUGGGCCUGAGGCUGUCGAGACCAAGAAGAAGAAGGGUGGCAAACUCUCCAAUAAGGAUAAGAAGAAGCUUCAGGCAAAGGACGAUCGUAAGUCUGGCGGAGAGUGGAAGCUCAGCAAGAAAGCCACGACUCAAGGCAAGGAGUCGUCGGACAAGAAGUUGGCGAAAGUCAGCAAGCAGAGAGAAAAGGACAAAGCACGUGGGAAGGGCUCGAAAGCUAAGUACAUUAAUGGGAGGAAGUAGAGAGCAUGCGCAUCGCGCUGCUGAUGUCCCUAGCGCUACAGCUUCACCCCCGACAGCCGCUUCAAAUCGCUCCUUCCACUUCUCUCAAUGCCAAAACAUUCCCCUUCCUGCCUUCGUCUUUCUCUUCUGCUUAAAUAGAGCUCUUGGGCGUAUGGACCAAAGGAUAUGUAGUUGUUCCACUUCAAUUGCCUAUUGCGGUACUGGGA